AUGAAGCUCAACAGGAGAUCGGCGGUUCAUCAGCUGCGAUCGGUGGGUCUGAUCUUCAGCUUGACAAUUGCCUUUGUCUUCGCAGCUUGCGCAUCGGCAGAUCAUAAUAUUCACCACCGCCAUACAAGUCUUCACCACCGGAGUCAUGGUAACGUUACCAGCAAUGAUGCCGCGACUAUAGUGAAAGAUGCUUUGGCAGCUCUCGCAAAAGUCAACAAAGAUCGAACAUCGAACCCCAAUUUUAAUAAUUUGGCGUUUGAUAAAUCACAGGGAGCAAAAAAGAACUCCAAAUUGGCUGCCACGCCUCUGGGCUAUAGUCCUAAAGCAGUUGAAAGUCCUCAUCUCAUCCACCGUGACGCAACAGCUACCCCGUCCAGCGGAAACAAGGCAUAUUCAAUCCCGACUGAGCUGGCCCGCGCAGCUCGAAUUGUCGCCGAGUCAACUCCAAACAAGCCGACUGGAAAUCACAGUCUCGUGGCUUCCCAGAUUCGCAAUAAGUACGGAAAGGGUCGCAGGGAUACCAAUGCCCCAAGCCAGGCCUUGGUACAUUCGAAUGGUCUGAGUGACUUUUUAUCGACCGGUACUACCGAUGACAUCGUGUUUGGCAAUGAUACAACCCAUGGAGCAAUCCAAAAGCGAGCUAGUACUUCGAAGUACUGGAUGGCUACGAUGGAACAAAAUGGAAAAAGUGCAUUUGCUCCAGCUGGUUAUAAAGUAUGGAGAGAUGUUCGCGAGUAUGGAGCCGUCGGAGAUGGUGUCACAGACGAUACAGAGGCCAUCAACAAGGCUAUCUCGGACGGUGGACGCUGCGGCCUCGGCUGUGGAUCAAGUACUAUCUACCCUGCGACAGUCUGGUUUCCUGCCGGAACAUACCUGGUUAGCUCGCCAAUCAUUCAGUACUAUAAUACUGAGUUUUUGGGUGAUCCCCUCGAAGUUCCUACCAUCCUGGCUGCAUCCAGUUUCGUUGGCCUGGGCGUCAUUACCUCCGAUGUCUAUGUCAGUGACAAUGAAGAGUGGUAUAUUAAUCAAAACAACUUCUUGCGCAGCGUUAGAAACUUCAAAAUCGACAUCAGACCAACUGACCCCUCGGCAUACAUCUGUGCUAUCCACUGGCAAGUUGCGCAAGGGACGUCGCUGGAAAACAUAGAAUUUUACAUGGUAUACAAUUCAGAUGUUCCGUCGAACACGCAAUAA